AUGCACAGACCAAUGGUUAACCAGUGGCCGCAGGAGGGGGCCCCGACGCCCGAAGUCGAAGCGCCCCCGGCUGCCGGCGGCGGCGGCAGCAGCAGCAGCAGCAACGCCGAAGCAGCAAUACCUGCUGCUGCUGACCCCACUGGCACCAAUCAUACCUCUGCUGCUCGCCGUCUUUUGUUUCUCUGUCUUGUGCUCUGUGCUGUCGCCUUCCCGCUAUCUGCAGCAGCAGGAAAGCUGAAGCAGCUGCAGCAGACCAGGCGGGUGGUGGCGCUGCAGCAGCAAGUGCAGCAACAGGAGAAGCAGAUGAGGCACCUGCUGCAAGAAAACAAAACGAAACUGGAGCAGCAGCACCAGCACCAGCAGCAGCAGCAGCAAGAACUGCAGCAGGAGCUGCAGCAACGGGCAGAGCGCGUGCAGGAGCUCGAGCUGGAGCUGGAGGAGCUGCAGAAGCAGCACGAGGAAGAGCUGAAGAUCCGAGAGCAGCAGCAGCAACAGCAGCAGCAGCAGCCCGAGCUUUUACCAGGCAGCCAGCUCGUGCAGCAACAGUACCACGAACUCCAGCACAAGCUGCAGCAGCUGCAGCAGCAGCUGAGCACCGUCCAGAAGCAGCAAGACCAGGAUAAGCUGAGCUUCGAGCUGCAUUUGCAUCAGCAAGAAUUGCAUUUGCUGCACCAAGAGCUGCACAAUCAAGUGCAGCGGCAGCAGCAGCAGCUGCAGCAGCUGCAGCAGGAGUUGGAGCAGCGAAGCCAGCUGAGUCGCCAGGAGCAGCUGUUGCAGCAGCACGGGAAGCACGAGCUGCCGCUGUGGCCCCAGCAGCUACAACAAGGCCUGCUGCAGCAGCACAGCUGGCUGCAAGUCCCGCUGCAGCUGCUGCAGCAAAGUGGAAGUGAGAACUUGCAGCUUGCUGCCUUGGUUAUUGAGUCCCACUUUUUGCUGCAGCAGGUGCAGCAGCAGGAGCAGCAGGUGCAGCUCCUCCGUUCGCGGCAGGACGAGCUGCAGGAGAAGCUGCAGCAGGUGCUGCAGCAGCAGCAGCAGCAGCCGCAGCAGCAGCAAGAGCUCCUGCAGGAGGAAAGCAGCAGCAAAAUGCCUGGAGAUACAGAAGAACAGCCCCAGGACUUUCCUGCUUCUCCCCGCAAGCUGCGCGCCCAGAGCCCCACGGCCGAGAUUAUUGUGAGGGCCGACGAAGCAAUGUGCGCGUGGAUGUUUGACACUCUAAUAGCGCACUUCGACCCGUCGCGGACUCCGCCGUCGCCGCCGGACUCGGUGUUGGCGCUGCUGGAACAAGGUGUACGUACACCUGCUUUUGUGUCUUGGAAAAAAAUCGACAGAAAGAAAAAAAAAUUUUCAGAAGAAGAUUUGGAACUGAGAGGAUGCAUUGGCUCCCUCAAACCCUUGCCCAUUAUGGAACUCAGGGUCGGAUCUGGGGUCUGGGUCUGGUGCAUUGGCUCCCUCAAACCCUUGCCCUUUGUGGAACUCAAGGACUAUGCGCUAAUCAGCGCUUUGCAAGACUCGCGGUUUGACCCAGUCACUCCGGAAGAAAUCCCAGAUCUGGUUUGCCAGGUUUCUUUGCUUCACAGCUUCGAGCCGGGGGCGAACGCCUAUGACUGGGAAGUUGGCGUCCACGGCAUCACCAUUAAAUUCAUAGCGCCGGGACAGAGGGGCUUACGGAGUUACCAGGCGACGUACUUGCCGGAAGUGGCAGCAGAGAUGAACAUGAGCAAGGAAGAAACAAUUAUUUCGCUGGUGCGGAAGGCGGGCUACGCGCGGAGCCCCAUAGACGCAGACUUCAUAGCUCGCAUUUCUUUGGAGCGCUACAAGUCCUCUCGGGCGCAGCUGGACUACGCGACUUACCUGAAGAAAUAUGCGGAAGAGGGCGAAGAAACGGUGGUUUAG